AUGUUGUCAACAGACGGAAGAUGGAAGCUGACCCCACGGCUUCAUUCUGUCAAGUUUGUUUUUGACGCACCAACUCCAGCGGAUGCGCAAACUCCAGACGAGAUUGUCUUCGAGAAUCCGUUUCCCACCGAUGUUCCGGGCAUUCCCAAGCGCUUUGUCUUCAGGUCUCCUGUUACAAAAGGCUCUAAGGAAGAAUAUCUCGACAUUCAGACUACUCAAAACAACAGUGAAGAUUCGCUCAACGGUGAAUCGCAGCCCGAUGAGCCGUUGCUCGACGCCAAGAGUGCAAUCACCGGCGCGAGGACGACCACAAGUCGGUUAUCUCACAUUCGAGGCCCAGUCUGUGAACUUGCAGGAGACAUCAAAUCUGCAGUAUGCGCCGCAUGGGCAUUGAUGCUCUCGUCGCAGUCUGAUAGCGAAGACAUUCGCUAUGGGCUAUACGUCACGACGCCCAAGAACCUAGAGCUUUCAAACCCAUCAUCGCCAGUCAAGCUUUCAAUCAACCGUCAACAACAGGUUUCUGAGUUCCUCAGAUGCUUUGCAGAAACACCCGCGGUAUAUGGCGCUCCCAAUUCUGAGUCUGAUUUGAUCUCUCUUACAACAGACGAGGUUUCCUUGCAGACCAUCAUCGCUUUCUCGAGCAAUGCACUGGAAGUGCAUCAAUCGUCGGUUGCCUCUAACUGGAGUAUUCGACUUGAAUGCUCCAUUGAUGACCAAGAGUUGGAGGUUUCAGCCACUUAUGAUGAACAGUACUUUUCUCGUACGGCAGUACGGCUUCUUCUGAACGACCUGGAACAUGUUCUGUGGCAACUAGACGACUUCUCCAAUGAACAGAGGACUUUGAAAAACAUCCAAACGCUCAGCCCUGCGAGCCAGCGCCAUCUUGUGAAGUUGAAUAGACCGUGA